AUGUCGACUAAUUCCCCCCAAGAGAAGGCUGCACCAGCACGCAGCAAUAGCUUUUCCCAGCAAUCGCAAGCCUCGGAUGAUUCGCAGACAGCAGCAGACUUUCUUCGCAACCAGGAGCUCCUUGAGGCUGAUGCCCGCGAAGCGCUUCCCUAUAGUAUCGAAAGCUGCACGAAGAUUCUUGGACCGCUUCGACAAAACGUCUUUGCCUGCCUAACAUGCAAUCCUGCCACAGCCGACCUAGCCGAGUGGAAGCCAGCAGGAGUAUGCUAUGCUUGCUCCGUGCAAUGCCACGGCGAACACACGCUAGUGGAAAUCUUCCAGAAACGAAGCUUUACAUGCGAUUGCGGUACCAAAAGAAUCCCGGUGACAAGUCCAUGCACACUCCGAACGAACGAAGCGACCAACACCAAAGGCAACGUUCAUUCAGAAGAACCAGACGUCAACAAUAAAUACAACAAGAACUUCCGCAACAUCUUUUGCGGAUGUGAAUGCGAUUAUGAUCCGUUUCAGCAAAAGGGCACAAUGUUUCAGUGCCUAGGACUCGGUACUCACGAAUCCGGAGGCUGCGGCGAGGACUGGUACCAUCCCGGCUGUCUAGUAGGCAUGGGCCCCAAGUGGUUCGAAAAGAUGGGAGGUGUCAAGAGAAAAUCAUCAGGCAGUGCAGCAAACGGCAGCGCCUUGGCCACCAUCUCAGAAGCCAACGAAGACCAGCCAGACGCCCCAGCGAACAAUGCCGAUGUGGCUGUGCUCGACGACGAGGAUGAACCGCCCAUGCCUCCCGGCUUCCCUGACGAGGACAACUUUGAGGGCUUCCUGUGCUACAAGUGUGUAGACGCUCAUCCUUGGAUGAAGCGCUACGCUGGCACUUCAGGAUUUCUGCCAGCCAUUUUCCUCAACCAGGCCGAGGACAGCCAAACCAAGCCAGAAAUUAAACCAGAAGAGGAGCCUAGUUCCAGAAAACGCAAGGGCGACGACAAUAUCGAAGAAUCUGCGGAAGCCAAGCGUAUUAAGAGCGACGAGCAAACCCCAGAUCUUAAAACCGAACCCAACGAAGACAGCACGACAUCUACUCUAGAAGCUACCAAGACAGACAACACCCCGUUGGGAUGCAAGCUUCCAAACCUGCCCGCCGCGCCAACGGGUCAAUUUUCGCUCUUUUUCAAAGAAGGAUUCCGGGACCAGCUGUGCCGCUGCAUAGACUGCUACCGCAUCCUCAACGCCCACCCGCAACUCCUCGAAGAAGAAGAGGUAUACGAGCCACCCAUCUCGGAAGACGGCGCCUCACAACACGGCGGCUCCACCCAUGGCAGCGGCAGUCUCCUUGAGCGAGGCGAAAGCGCCCUGCGGAACGUAGAUCGCGUCCGAGCCAUCGAAGGCGUCAUGGCGUAUAACCACCUCAAGGAGCAGCUGAAGCCGUUCUUCCAGCAGUUUGCAGAGAGUGGUAGGGCGGUUGGGGCGGAGGAUAUCAAGGCGUACUUUGCGAAGCUGCGUGGCGAUGAGCAAGGCAUCAAAGAAGCCGGACAGGCGGCAGCCGAUGCAAAGGAUGGGGAGGGGGGCAGCGACGGGAGGCGUGAGCAGAGCGGAUGUUAA